AUAUCAAAGGCUGUGAUAAUUGAUAUGUUGUGCUAGGACUAGAACGGUUGGUCUGAAAAAUGAAUAAUACCAUCCUAAAUUCCUAUGCAAUGUAAUACAGGAACUCUCACUACCACCGGUCCACCACCACCACCUUCAAAUGAGGACUCUAAUUUCCCACCACCUAGAACCUCAAAUUUUCACCAAAUUUCCUUCAUUUUCUCUGAAAUACAGAAAAUCCAUCUUCAUUCUACAUUAUAGAUGCCUCUCGAAUCCUCAAAAUACCAUCUUUAGCUCAAUCAGAACCUCUUGUACUACAAAUUCAGCUGCCUCUUACAAUGGAUGGGACGAUUACAGGAUCUGGGUUGAUUCAGACGAGUUGGGUGAGUCCAAUUACUUCAAAAAAUUUCUGAUUUCAUCUGGUAUUAAUGAUAAAAAGUAUGUGUUUACGUGUAUACUGGGUUUUGUAUGUGCAUUAGCCAUUUCUAGGGUCAGAGUUUCAUCGAUCAUUGUUUUUCCUGCUGCUGCUAUUGUUUUUGCAAUUGGGUUUUCUUUUGGAUUUUCUAAUGGAAAACCCCACAAAAAUUUGAGUUUAAAUGGGUCUAAAAUAAGGGUCUAUGCUGAAAAAUUGAAAAGUUUAGUGGAGAUUUUUGAUGGGUUUGAUGUUAAAAUUAGUGAUUUAAAGAAUGUGAUGAAGGAUGCAAUUGAGUAUGAGAGGAUUGAUUUUGGUGAUUUGGAGAGUUGUGUGAAUGCAGUUGAGACAAUGGAUGGUUUGAUUGCAAAUGCCAGAAAUUUAGUUGAAGAUUGUGUUGGUGGUAUAUUGAUUGAAGGACAAGAGAAGGGAAAGUAUCCGAAUCAUAAGAACGGAAGGAGGAAGAAAGAAAAUGGUGGUAUAGGGUUUGAUUUGUUUGGAUUUAUGGGGAAUUUUUUUAGAAAUAAUGCUGGUGGAUUGAAAUCUAACAAAACUAAUUUUGUCAAGAGGGAAAAUUUGGCCAAGGAUGUGGCUGACCGAGGCAAAGAGGACUCGCGAGCUGCUGAGGGAGCACCGGACACGGUGGUGCCUACUGUGGAUGGUAGUGUUCCAUAUAGGGCAACUGUAAUUAGUAAUAGUAGAAAGAAUAGGUUAGAUGGUAAAGACCAAGAAACAAAGAGAAAUUUGCGAAGAGGGAAAACGAAUACAAUGGAUGCAUAUAUGGAUACUAAAGAUCUUCACAAUUCUAAUGAGUAUAAUUACCAAAAUGUAAGGUUCACUAGUGAUCAGCGGUUCAGUUUUAAUAUGUCAGAAUUUCAAAAUUGGGUGUCAGAGGAUAGUAUGAGUAGAAAUACAGAAUUUGACUUUACAAAAGAACAUCUGGAAAAUGAGGGUUCCUUGAAGAAUCAACAGAUUUUCGAAAAUCAAAAUGGAGCUUAUGAAUCUUUUGAAGGAAGGGAAGAUAUUAACUUUGGCCGUUUCAGAGAGAGGUUGCAUGAAGAAAGGAUGAAUGUAGAUGAUGAACUUUAUUCGAGAAAGUAUCGUUCUCAAUCAAGAAAUGACACAAGUUCCUUUUCUUCAUCAGCAGUUUCAGACGAUAUGUUGUUUGAUAAAUGCCUCAGAAAAGCUACAGAUCUUUUAAAACAAGCCAAGGAGUGUUUGAGGGCUAGAGAUGAUGAAAUCCUCGCAGAGGAAAUGCUUCAAGAGUCUGCCAAGUUGCUCGGUCAAGCUAUUGCAUUGAAACCUAUGAGUUUACUGGCUAUAGGUCAGUUGGGAAAUACUUACCUUCUUCAUGGAGAGCUGAAAUUGAAGAUUAGCAGAGAAUUGAGAGCUCAUCUGUCUAGUAGUAAUGAUUUUGAUGUACAAAGGAGUAAUUUAUUCAUUUUAGAGGAGAACAAAGAUCGUAUUGAAGAUAGUCUCAUUAGUGCAUGUGAAGAGUGUGAAUCACUUCUUGUUGAAGCAGGAAGGAAAUAUAGGAUGGCUCUGUCAAUUGAUGGAAAUGAUGUGAGAGCCUUGUAUAAUUGGGGGCUUGCUCUUUCCUUCCGCGCACAACUGAUUGCUGACGUUGGUCCAGAAGCAGCUCUUGAUGCUGACAAGUUGUUCUUGGCUGCUAUUGACAAAUUUAAUGCUAUGAUGUCGAGAAGCAAUGACUAUGCUCCAGAAGCUCUGUUCAGAUGGGGUAUGGCCUUGCAGCAAAGGUCUCGCUUGCGAUCAGACAACAUUAGGGACAAGGUGAAGCUAUUACAGCAAGCUAAGAGGCUUUAUGAGGAUGCUGUCAAUAUGGGGUCUAAUAAUCUCCAAGUAAGAAAAGCCUUAUCUUCAUGCAUAUCUGAGAUCAAUUUUACUGACAAGUGAUCUUCGUUCAGAUCACAAGCCAGUAGUUAGUGUUGAGCUAUAGCAUCUUUUACCACACUCCCAUGAGUCUCGUCUGCCAAGACCUCCAUACUUCUUUCCCAUUCUUCAAUUCCAGUCGGUAUUUGUCGAUAUCUCCAUGCUAGCAUGGUAUGAUGCUAGAGAUAUACAUCAUAUACACAUAAACAUAGGUAACAAGUAUACUGUAGAAUAAGAUGGACAUAUCUUGAGCACUACUACUGCUGGACAAAUCAAGUUCUGGCUGCUGCUCGAGCCUCGAGAUAAUUUAAUUACUCCAUAACAGGAUUUCUUUUGUGGAGAAUAAUUUUUUGGUUAAAUAUUGUUAUAGCAAACUGUAUUUAUGAUGGAGAACAGUGAGUAAACAUUUUGCCAGAUCUUGCAAGUAAACAUUGCACUGGUUUGUUAUAAGAUGCUCGUUACUUUAAAACUAUACAUAGAUCUUUAGUUUGUUACAUUAUAGAUUAUCCAAUUUAAAUCACUCUUCUUUUUCCGAUGAACUGUUUAGUAGCUGAGUAGCUCUAUCAAAUGUCAAUUACACCAUUUUCUUUUA